AUGAAAGCGCUCCUACCUCAUUUUUCUAACAAAGACCAUCGAGAGGGGCCCUUCCUGUACAGACUCACGGAUCUCCAUCCCAGCAACAUAUUCGUUGACAGCGAUUGGAAUGUCAAGUUUUUUAAUGAUCUCGAAUGGGCAUGCUCACUACCAGCGGAGACGUUGCGUCCUCCGUACUGGUUGACCGGCUGUUCAGUCGAUGAACUAACAGACGACCAUCUUGAAACCUUUAGUAAGGCCCACGAAGAGUUUGUUGGUGUUUUUGAGGAGGAAGAAAAACAGUUUUCCCCUAUCAACAAUGACCAUUCUUAUAGGACAAAUCUUAUGAGAAACGGUUGGAAAAUUGGAAACCUUUGGUACUUCCAUGCUUUGGACAGCCCGAAAGGUCUAUUCAACCUCUUCUCUCAACAUAUUUAUCCCAUUUUUGCACCUUCCAGUCAGUCAAAAGACGACUUUGCACGGGUUAUAUCGGACUUCUGGGCUCCCGAUGUUGGAAAGGUGUUAGCUGCCAAGCUCCGAGAUAAGGAAGAGUAUGAAAAGUCACUUUGUCGAAGGUUUGAAGAUGCUGUUGCUUCCACCAAGGCUGUGAUCUUGGUCGGAGGCCCCUCAAGAGGCACUCGGUUCCGCCCAUUGUCGCUCGAUGUGCCCAAGCCCCUAUUCGAAGUCGCCGGUCACCCUAUCAUCCACCACUGUCUAAAGGCGGUGGCUAAGGUCCCCGAUGUACGCGAAGUGAUUUUGGUCGGAUACUACGAUGAAAGCGUGUUCCGGGAUUUCAUCAAGGAUGCCUCCAAGGAAUUCCCCCAGCUGCGCAUCCUCUACCUACGGGAGUACACAGCGUUGGGCACUGCAGGUGGCCUAUACCACUUCCGUGAUGCGAUCCUCAAAGGUAAGCCCGAGCGGCUGCUCGUGUUGAACGCCGAUGUCUGCUGCUCAUUCCCGCUGGGCGAGAUGAUGCGGUUAUUCGAGGAGAAGGACGCCGAGGCUGUUAUUUUGGGUACACGUGUGUCAAACGACACCGCAACGAACUUCGGAUGCAUCGUGUCCGAUUCACACACCAAGCGUGUGCUUCACUACGUCGAGAAGCCCGAAUCGCACAUUUCCAACCUGAUUAACUGCGGUGUCUACCUCUUCGCUACUGAGUGCAUCUUCCCCGCCAUCCGCAGCGCCAUCAAGCGCCGCACCACCCGCCCCCGCCUCCUCUCGUACCCCUCCUCCGACAACUUGGAGUCCUCCUUCAUCGCCACCGGAGACGACGAGGACGCAGAGAAGAGCGAGGUCCUCCGUCUGGAGCAAGACAUCCUCUCCGAUCUCGCUGACAGCAACCGCUUCUUCGUCCACGAAACCAAGGACUUCUGGCGCCAGAUCAAAACCGCCGGCUCCGCCGUGCCCGCCAACGCCCUGUACCUCCAAAAGGCAUUCCAGGCCGAGUCUCCUGAACUCACUCCCCCCUCUGCCACCAUCGUGCCUCCGGUCUACAUCCACCCCACCGCCUCCGUCGACCCCACCGCCAAGCUCGGUCCUAAUGUCUCGAUCGGCCCGCGUGUCGUAGUCGGCGCCGGUGCCCGUAUCAAGGACUCGAUCGUGCUUGAGGACACCGAGAUCCGUCACGACGCCUGCGUCAUGCACUCGAUCAUCGGCUGGAGCAGCCGUGUCGGUGCCUGGGCUCGCGUGGAAGGCACACCCAUCCCCGUGGGUAGCCACUCUACUAGCAUUGUCAAGCAGGGUAUCAAGGUGCAGAGCAUCACCAUUCUUGGCAAGGAGUGCGGUGUUGGCGAUGAGGUCCGCGUGCAGAACUGCGUGUGUCUCCCUUACAAGGAGCUCAAGCGGGAUGUGUGCAACGAGGUCAUUAUGUAA